CUGGAAAGCGCUGGUGCAGCUCGCAUCAAAAAAGAACCACUGCUUCUACAUUUCUAGUUUUAAUGGUGUCGGAAAUGCGUUUCACUUUAUUCCUCGUCAUUGCAACACCUUUUCAGCUUCUUCGUUAAGUGAGGUUGCAUCAAUUUUGGCUGAGGAGAAAAUUUGGGAAGUUGUGGAAUUCCAAUUUUGAUUGAAAAAUCUGUUUGGAUUGGAGGAAAGCUAUGGAUAUGGCUGUUGUAGCUGUGUUCUUUCUCUAUGUUGUUGGUAUCAGUGUGUCAAUGGCUGCAUUCACACCUGCUAAUAACUACUUGCUUGCCUGUGGAUCUUCACAAAAUGUGAUCUUUCUUGGCCAAACAUAUGUUCCUGAUUCACUUCAAUCCUCGGUUGCUUUGAAAAGCCGUGGGGAUUCUUUUAUUGUCACCUCCAACUCCACUGCUCCCUUCCCUAUUUAUCAGUCAGCUCGAGUCUUCAGGAGCACAGCGUCGUACAGAUUAGAUAUAAAGCGACAGGGUUGGCACUGGGUUCGCCUCCACUUUUACCCUCUCCCGGGCCAGAAUCUGACUUCUGCUUCCAUCACUGUUGUGACUGAGGAUUUUGUGCUGUUGCACAACUUCAGUUUUGAUACCUACAAGGGCUCGUAUCUCUUCAAAGAGUAUGCGGUCAAUGUGACUUCAAACAGCUUGUUGGUCACGUUCAUUCCCGCAAAUGGCUCUGUGGCCUUUAUCAAUGCCAUUGAAGUUGUGUCUGUUCCGGACAGCUUGAUUCCGGACCAGGCAUCUGUCGCGCCAUAUGGUCAGUUUGAUGGCCUUUCCGGGCUGGCUUUGGAGACCAUCUAUCGUCUGAAUAUGGGCGGUCCUCUGAUUACUGCUCAGAAUGACACUUUGAGGAGAACUUGGGAGAAUGAUGGGAAGUAUCUCCAUGUGAACAGCUCUGCCUCAAAUGUUUCUGUCGACCCUUUGAAUAUAAAAUAUGGUGAUGCUGUUGCACCUGAGAUAGCUCCUAAUUAUGUCUAUGCUACUGCUGAAACCAUGGGAGAUGCGAGUGUGUCCAAUGUGAACUUCAACAUCACAUGGGUCCUCCAAGCUGAUCCUAGUUUCUCGUAUUUCUUGCGGGUGCAUUUCUGUGACAUUGUGAGUAAAUCUCUGAAUAGUCUGAUAUUUAAUCUAUACAUCAAUACUGAUAUUGCUGUGGGGAGUCUGGAUCUAUCGAAUAAAGCAGGCAAUUUGGAUGUGCCGUAUUACACAGAUUUCGUCUCCAAAGUUCCUGAAGGUUCAGAUACUCUCACAUUAAGCGUUGGUCCUGACAUUAAUGCUGAUUUCCCAAAUGCCAUAUUGAAUGGUCUUGAAGUCAUGAAAAUCAGCAAUGAAGCUAAAAGCUUGACUGGAAGCUUGCCCGUGGAUACUCUCCUUGUGCUGCCUCCCAAAAAGCAUAAAACUGGUGUCAUAAUCGGCUCUGUGGUUGGUGCUGUGGUUACAUUAAUCCUUUGUGGAUUGUGUUGCUUCUGCUUGGUGGCUCGUAGGUCGAAGGAAGCCAACCAGGGAAGCUCGUGGCUUCCUCUGCCCAUGUAUGGAAACUCUUUGACCUUGGCAAAAAUGUCCACCCUUUCUCAGAAGAGUGGUACAGCCAGUUGCAUCUCGUUUGGUUCCUCCAGUCUUGGCCGGUUCUUCACGUUUCAAGAAAUAAUGGAUGCAACUAAUAAAUUUGAUGAAGGCAUGCUGCUUGGUGUUGGUGGUUUCGGAAGGGUGUACAAAGGAACUCUGGAGGAUGGGACUAGGGUGGCUGUGAAGAGAGGGAAUCCGAGAUCCGAGCAAGGUAUUGCUGAAUUUAGAACUGAGAUUGAAAUGUUGUCCAAGCUUCGCCAUCGUCACCUCGUGUCACUUAUUGGCUACUGCGAUGAACGGUCUGAGAUGAUUUUGGUGUAUGAAUACAUGGCGAAUGGGCCCCUCCGGAGCCAUCUCUAUGGAACAGAUCUCCCACCUCUUUCAUGGAAACUGCGUCUGGAGAUAUGCAUUGGUGCAGCUAGGGGGCUUCACUACCUCCACACUGGAGCGGCUCAGAGCAUUAUUCAUCGAGAUGUGAAGACAACCAAUAUACUCCUAGAUGAGAAUUUUGUUGCAAAGGUGGCUGACUUUGGUCUGUCUAAAACUGGACCAGCUAUUGAUCAGACUCAUGUGAGUACGGCUGUCAAAGGUAGCUUCGGAUACCUUGAUCCCGAGUACUUCAGGAGGCAACAGCUCACUGAGAAAUCAGAUGUUUACUCAUUUGGUGUGGUUCUCAUGGAGGUCCUCUGCACGAGACCAGCCCUGAACCCGGUUCUGCCUCGAGAGCAAGUGAAUAUUGCCGAGUGGGCAAUGACCUGGCAAAAGAAGGGAAUGCUGGACCAUAUCAUGGACAAGAAUCUUACAGGGAAGGUAAACACUGCUUCUCUCAAGAAAUUCGGUGAGACAGCGGAAAAAUGCCUGGCCGAGCACGGUGUUGAUAGGCCUUCCAUGGGAGAUGUUUUGUGGAACUUGGAGUAUGCUCUCCAGCUCGAGGAGACAACAUCAGCCCUCAUGGAGCCUGAUGAUAAUAGCACUAACCAUAUCCCUGGAAUUUCUUUAACACCAUUGGAGCCAUUUGACAACAGCUUGAACAUGAUUGACGGAGUUAACUCAGGAACUGACGAUGAUGCUGAAGAUGCAGCCACCAGUGCUGUUUUCUCUCAACUAGUGAAUCCCCGUGGCAGGUGAACAACGGAUAAUCUUGAUUUCGUUUGCAUCUCUGCGAUGGGUCACUCUGAGUGGACUCGACUUUUGGAUUCAAAGAUGACCUACAUACUAUAUACUCAAGCAUACAAAGGUGAUUGCAAUUUAUUCUAUUGUUGGGAUUCCCUCAUUUUCCCCCCUUAAUAAUGUACAACACGAGUGUCUGCAGUAUAUAGUUUUGCUGGGGAAAAUGCAUGAUUCCAAGUUGCGUUUGCAUAGCCCUAUCAUAUGUAUCUCUAUAUUCAAUUGGAUUAAUACAAUUUAUAGCUAGCUUCCAUUUCCUUCUACAGUCAUAUUGUUGAAAUGAAUUAUAAAGCAGAAAAUUUUUGAUUGCAUACUGGUUGUUGCUGUUCAACCAAUCUGCUGUAGCUAAUAAGCCUAGUAAUCGACUGAAACUGACCAUUCCUUCAACUCUAGUCGACAGUAAAAACCAGGCCGUUGGGAGAAGAAAUACUAUAUAAGAAAGGUGUUAUUAUAUAGUAUGGAGUUGAUGAUGAGAAGGCUCUUUCACUUGGGUUUUAGUGUAUUUCAGAAACAGUAAAUUAACAGUGAGAAACUUCAAAAAAAGAAAAUCCUCAAAUAGAAAAUGAGUAAACUGAUAUGAAUGUAUGAGCUUAUAGUUUAGACAAGACAAUAGGCAUCUUCUCAGACAAAAAGAUGAUUUUCCUAUGGUUCAUGAACCAAUGGUUCUCUUUAUAAAUAUUGCUGCCAAAGGUCCAAAACGAAGCCUUUGUUAGGAAAGAAAAAGGCAAUGAUGAUAAGGGAAGAAAGAGGGCAGGUGUGGAAUUGAUCUUCUAUGGGGGCUUUGGAGUGCUCUUCUUCCGAUUCUCAUCCCCAAUUUGGUGACGGAGUUGCAAGGUCAGGGCUGCCUUUUAUCACCACUUUAAAUUUGGCCGUGGUGUGACAGAUAUGAGGUAUGAGCUAGCAGAAGGAGAAAAUAGUCGAAGUCGAUGAGAGCAUGCAUUGGAUUAGGCUGCAAGUGAUGGAGGGGGGUCGCAUAAUCGCAUUGGUCUUGUGUUCAUGUACUAGGAGGUUGUAUAGUCGUAGCUCCUGCCCAAGAUUGUCGGAAGUGCUCAUUGCUCCUGCUGUGGAAGUAGAAAACAGCGUCGUCUGCCCCAAUGUCGUUGCAACUUGGUGUCCUGUCUGAAAAAGUGACAAGCCUCAACUAGUUUAGGGAAGCUGUUAAAACAAAACUUACUUAUUGGUGUUUAAUGUGAUUGGAGAUACGCAGUUGAUGAAGCACGCCUUCGCUACUCUUUCCUCAUUCCGUGGAGGGAUUAUACGGUUUGGAAAAUGGAAAGCCAAGCUAAUCAUGAAUGCUUGACAUAAAGCGAACAAUAUCAUAGUAAUAAUGUGCCCUCCGCACAUAUUCUGAUAGUUUUUCUUAUAUUUAUUUAAUGAUAGACUUCACAUUUUCCUGACUAA